AUGGAAUUGCUUCUUCCGUUUUCAUUCGGCCAAUUGAACCUGCACACAGCAGCAAAUACCGCCAUCCAACUGAUAUGGAACAGAGAAAAGCUAAAGGGAUGUAUUCCUGAUAGUGAGGUACAAGAGGUCUGCAAAAUCCCCAUAAGCUAUGUAAAUUUCUCUGAUUGUGUCAUUUGGCGUCAUACUAAGAAUGGAGAGUUUUCUGUCAAGUCGGGCUAUGCUCAAAGGAGGAUGAGGAAUUUAACGUUAAAACCUGCCACCCCUUCUUGUUCUUUCAUUCCUUCUGAAGUGAUGUGGAAGAAAUUGUGGUCUAUUCCCACGGCUCCGAAAGUUCGUAUGUUUAUGUGGAAAGCUGCUCAAAAUUGGGUGGCCUGUCGAGAAAAUCUUUUUUGUAGGAAAUGUAUCACCAACCCAACAUGCCCAAUCUGUGCAAGCACGAACGAAACAAUUGAACAUCUCCUUUUCCAUUGUCCACGGAGCAGGGCAGUUUGGUUUGGAAGUGGAAAGGCGUAUUGGGUUCUCCAGAGAGAGAUUACGGCAGUGAAUAAGUGGAUAGAGGAACUGUUAUAUGGGUGCCUAGCAAAGGAAUCAAGCAGGGAGAUUGUCGGAGCUAUCUUCGAUAUUUGCUGGGCAAUUUGGAAGGCAAGGAAUAGUUUUGUUUUCAACGGCAGGAAGCUGAAUCCAACAAAAGUAAUUGAACAAGCUGGGUCAGCAAACGUUGAUUAUUUGCAAACGAUAUGGAAAGGUCUGGAGGAGGGCCUUCCUAGGCCUAGCCGGGUGGUGAGCUUAGCUGCCUUUGACAUUCUUGCUAGAGAUAGUGGUGGAUUAGCUCUGGCAUGGCAGUGUGUGACUCCAAGUCACAGUGUCCCUGGGAAAUCGAAGCUGUGGUUAAAGACGUCAAAGAAUGGGCAAGAACAAGGCAGUGGUCCUUCGCGUGGUGCAGCAGAGUACAGAACAAAGCAGCUCACUGAAUAG